GUACACACACCAUCUUCAGAAUCUUAUCACAUAUGUUGGGGUCUUGUAAAGGUAAUUUAAUAGCAUCUGAAAGCAUGGAAGUUGAAGGUGGGAAAAAAAAUCAUGGAAAAAAAAGGAAACAAGCUGAGUUUGCUGUGGAAGAGCACACUGCUGAACCUUGCACACCUGCAGCUCCAUCAACUUCCAUAGUUCUUAGGAAAAGUCCACCGUCAGUUCUACCGGUAAAGCUUUCAAAAUGGCUUGUUCAAAACUUUGACCCAGAUAGCUGUUCACUUAAUAUUUUAAAUGAGCGGGUUAGAAUCACAGAAAAGGAUGUCCAUCUAACCCUUGGCCUCCCGACCGGGCCAUUUGAUGUGCUAGAAGCUCAAAACAAGCCAACAGACCCUGAGGAUUAUAAGACUUUGGUCCUUAAGUGGAGAGAUGAGUGGGGUUUACAGAGGGAUUUUCCACAUACCAAUGCUAUGCCCGAUAGAAUUUUAGGAAUGGCGGGGUCAAGUGAAGGAUUUAAGCUCAAUUUUAUGGUGUUCUUCAUCUCUACCUGCAUAUCCGGAAACACAAAUACAUUUGCAAAUUCAAGAGUUUUGCGCUCCUUAGUCAAUUUGAGUAACGUGAAUAAAUUAAACUGGUGCAAGUAUACGUUGACCAGUUUAAUUAAUUCUACCAUUCAAUGGAAGCGAAAGUCAAAUCCUUAUUUUACUGGGCCUGUUUUGUUCUUAAUUAUGUUUUAUGUUGAUAGGGUUGUCUUCCGAAUGAGAGUAGUGCCUAGAACUUUUCCAACUAUGCUAGGUUGGACUUCGCAGAAGCUUAAGGAAAGAGAAGGAUUGGAGCGGGAAUCAGGUGGUUUUGGCCGUGAAUUUGCACGCGCCUUAUGUUCUCCUUUUUGGAUAAGAAACAUGGAAGCACUCUCACGGUUGAGCCGUGCCGAGAAGGUUCUCACGGACUACGUAUUCAACAAAUCUCUUUUACUUGGGGAAGUUUUGUACAAAGACAUGUUUUGUGAAAUGAAGCGAAGCGAUUUAAUAUCCUUUUCCGAAGGGUCUGUCUCGUCACUUAUUUUACAGAUUUGGUGUCGAUUCUUGAAUGCCGAGGAAAAGCAUCGAAGCAAGUCAGAUGUCUAUCGAGUUUUCCUUAGCACGAAUCCUUUUGCUGAGUUUGUAAAGAUCAGUUUAUAUGACGAUGCUCAUGAAACCUUUUGUGAAGUCGCUGACAGAGAAUUGGUAGAACAACAGUUUUAUGGCGGCAUUGAUAUGUGUACUACAGAUUUGGUAUUCUUCUUGGUUGCUGAUGAAACAGACAAGGAUGAUGUUUAUAUAGUCUGUUUUAACAUGAAAAAGGAGAAGAUAACCAUCAUUGAUUCAAUUGAAGAUAAAACUAAGGUGUAUGAUACAUGUGUUGAAUGUUUGAAAAAGGGAAUGUGCGAGUUUUUCAAUGAAAAACAACUUGAGCAAAAAGAAAGUAAAAUUUCCAAAUUUCCUUUUGAAAUAACAAAGAAGGCAUGUUAUGGGAACAUGGAAGGUAUGGGUGUUGGUGUCAUAGCCAUGAGGCAAUUGGAAACUUUCAAGGGGAAUUUGAAUACGUGGAAGAUGGAUUUGAACAAAAAUGAUGUAAAUGGAUUAUGAAUGCUCUGUGUCCGAUAUUGCUACGAAAUGCUCACCUCUGAUCAUAAUCAACUUGCCGUACAAGU